AUGAGGUUGCCAAGCGUGAAGCCGGAGGGAUGGUCGCAGAUUGAGGAGCGUCUCAAUUCUUUUGAGACUCGGAUGCGGGAAGUAGUCAACAAUCCAAUUGAGGAUAAAAGGAGAUGUGAGGAUUCUUGGGAGAUCUCAAAGAUCAAUCACCAGAGGAGCCGCUAUAUCUUUGAUCUCUACCACAAGGAGAAGACGAUCUCGCGUGAGCUCUAUGAAUUUUGUGUGGAGUACAAGCUUGUGGAUGGGAGCUUGAUGACGCACUGGAAGCGCCAAGGGUUUGAGACGCUGUGCUGCUCAAGCUGUAUACACAAGGCAAAUUUUACCUUCGGAACGGGUUGCGUGUGUCGAGUGCCUCGAACCAAUCGGGAGGUCAAGGUUUUGGAGUGCCAAACAUGUGGAUGCAAAGGUUGUGCUAGUGGCGAUUAA